GGUGUGUGGAUGAGGGCAAAGUCGCAGCCUCUGGAGUCCAGAAGUAAGAAUGAACAAAGGGACAGAAUGUGAGAAUCCCGGGUUGGAUUCGCAGCUGGAGCUGACAGACGCACUCAAGUAAAAUCCCAAUAUUUUCCACCCCACCUGCUCUAUCAACCUACAGCAGCAAGUUUAAGACAGAAGAUGCCAGCGAGUUGGCUCAGGCUCCCUUACAGAUGCCUCAACAGCAACAGAGUCACCUCCCUCAGGCCCAACUUAUGUUGGCAAGCAGUCAGCUGGCAGGGCUCACAGCUCUAUUGCCAGCCCAGCAGCAGCUCCUCCUCCAGCAGGCCCAGGCACAUUUGCUGGCUGCUGCUGUCCAGCAGAGCAGCGUGGCAGCAUCUUCCCAGCACUCAGCCCUCGAGCCACCACAAUCCAGCAGUCAGCAGCAGACAGGAGCAUUAGCACUAACUCAGCCCAUCCAAAUCAGCGCCCAGGACCUUCAGCAGUUACUCCAGCUUCAGCAGCUGGUACUUGUCCCUGGGCAUCACCUUGCUGCCAACCUUCAAGGACCUGCACAGUUCCUCUUGCCACAGGCCCAGCAAGGACAGCAAGGUCUACUCUCGACACCAAAUCUUCUACAGCUACCUCAGCAAAGUCAAGGAGCACUCCUGCAGGCUCAACCUCGCCUGGGGCUCGCUGCACAGGCAGUGAGUCGGCCAGGUCUCCCUGGGUCCCUAGCCCAUGAGCCUCCCCUACAGGGUAUACCCCAGUCACAGGCAACCAAAGGUGUGGAGGCUCCCACUCAUCCCGAGGAACCCAGCGAUCUGGAAGAACUGGAACAAUUCGCACGGAACUUCAAACAGAGGCGCAUCAAACUGGGAUUUACCCAGGGUGACGUCGGGCUGGCGAUGGGAAAGCUGUACGGGAAUGAUUUCAGCCAGACGACUAUCUCCCGUUUUGAAGCUUUGAAUCUCAGCUUUAAGAACAUGUGCAAACUGAAGCCCUUACUGGAGAAAUGGCUGAACGAUGCUGAAAACCUGUCUGCAGAUGCAACCCUGCCCAGCCCGAAUGCCAUGAGCAGCCCCCCGAUUGGCAUCGAGGGACUGGGAGGGCGCAAGAGGAAGAAGCGAACAAGCAUCGAGACCAAUGUCCGAGUGGCCUUAGAGAAGAGUUUCCUCGCAAAUCAAAAGCCGACGUCUGAGGAGAUUGUGUUGAUAGCGGAGCAGCUCACCAUGGAGAAGGAGGUUAUUCGUGUCUGGUUCUGUAAUCGAAGGCAGAAGGAAAAGCGAAUUAACCCAGCUAGUAAUGUUGGCAUCUCUGCGCACACACACAGCAAACCGUCCAUUUACAGCCCUCACCUGAUACCUCCACAGACUCCAGGGCUGAGUCAUCCUGUAUCACAGGGCGCCAACAACCUCAGCACAUCAGUGACCACGAUGUCUGCCGCUGGUACGAUGCACACUCCCAGGAUGACUGGGAGCUCCAUGGCAGCGCUGAACACCUCUCCCACCUCACCCCUCAAUGGCACAAACAGCAGCCACUCAUUGGCACUGUCGGGCAUGAGCUCCAGCACAGGGAGCUCAGUGCUGAGUGUGAACCAAGGAAUUAAUCCCUCACUUAUGGCCAACAACCCUUUAGCCACCAUCCAAGCUCUCGCGAGUGGUGGAACCAUUCCAAUUACCAGCCUUGAUGCCAGCGGGAACCUUGUGCUGUCAAGCGGCACUGGCAGUGCAGGGACACAGAGCGUUGUUACCUCACCCCUCUUCCUGAACCCCCCCGGGCUGCCUCUGCUCCCUAGCAACCCGGCUGCUGUCAGCCUGGCCUCCAUCUCCUCCCUCCAAGCCAAAGCGCCCGCUAGAUGCAGCGAGGCGGAGGUGUCUGCUGCCGGUGUCGACCCCGAGCGAUCCAGUGCAGAGUGA